CAUAUACAAGAGUAUGUCUGCUAAGCUUGGUCUUUGACGGACGGUGAUGUAUUGUCUCGAGGCGGAGAUUCAAAUGACGCUAUUCUUGAGUUUAUUUCAAUUAAAGCAGCUCAAAAGAUGAGUGUAAAUUUUAACAAAAAGAAGAACGAACGUUAUACUUCCGGGUCAAAGAGAUCAAAUGCACCUUCACUUUUAUCCUCUGAAGAGGAACUAAGUGAUAGAAGAAGUAGUAGUAGUCCAGAAUCAUCAUUUAGGCAAAAACAAGAUUCAAAAAGCCAAAGAAGUGCUAGAAAAGCAUCUAAAAAGAGCUGGCAGGAGACACUUGCUCUGCUUGACUGCCAUUUUUCUGGUUCAUCUACUGAUGAAGAAUGGGACAAAAUGAUUCCCAACAAUAAUUCAAGUGACAGUGAUCUGGAUUGGAACCCUAUGCAGAAGACUCAGUCUAGGUCAUCAGCCCCUCCUAAGCUGACAAAUAUUGUUAUGAAGAGACCCUUGCCAGAAACUGCUGAACCACCAGCUCUAGUAGCGGAACCACAUUUCAAGUCCUCAGAUGAUGAGCUUUCCACACCACCAAAGCUGAUGGCAAUUGAUAAUGAAGCAAAAAAGUGUGGUUUGAAACCUCUUCCUCCAUCAAUACUUAAAGCACAACCAAUUUCAUUAGGUGGUAUAAAAGAACAAAGUUUACUUAAAGAGGGAGAAACAUCUCCCACAAUUAUGAAAAACAAAGAAAGCAUUUCAAGCUCUUGCCCACCAAUUCUAAAACUAGGAAACAAUAUGGAGGUUACAAACAAUCAAGAGUCCAUACCUUCUAGAAGGACCCCUAAACUCAAGACAAUUCACAAGAAAACAGAUAACCAAAGAUGUGAUCAACAACAGGGAAAUCCUUUUUGUUCACCAUUAAAUUUCACAGUGAAUCCAACAUUACUGUCCAGCAGUGAAGAAAUCCUCAUUUCAGUUGCUUCACCAGGUCCACCAGAGCUAAUACCCAUUGUUGAGAAAUUUAAAAGGGAUAGCCCAGAACCUCCUUCUCUUUCAUCCAUGGAAGAAGCACAAAACAUAAUCCCAAAUAGUAACGAAGAUGAAACUUCAGAAUCUUCACUGCCACCUCCGAAGUUGACCGCCAAAAAUAAAAAACGUGGCAGGCAAAAAUCCGUUGAACAAGUCCUCGAAGAAAUGUCAAGCUGUCCAGGGGUAUUGGAAGAAGCCCAGGCCAUGGCACCUCCAAAACUGAUGACGAAUGUUAAACAACCAAAGAAAAGCACCCAUAAAUCUUCUCAGCCACCAAUUUUAGAAGCGGAACCUACGGCAGUAAUACCCAAUGAAGAUAAGCAGAUCUCAGUUCAGUCUCCAACAUUCCCAGAGCUUGGAACUGAUAUUAAGAAAUCAAAGGUCAAUAAUAAAAAAACAACUCAGGCGCAGACCUUAAAACAACCAGAACUCAUCUCACAGGUUUCGAAAAUUCAAACUUCCACAUCUUCCAUGGCACCUCUGAAGCCAAUGCUUACUACUCGCAGAAAGGUAGAAAGAAGCAGCUCACAAUUUCCGCAUUUACCACCGCAAGACGCAGUAUGUAUUUCCAUGGUGCCUGAGAAAGAACAAGUUUCGAAACCUCCCCUUCCAACACCUUCUAAGUCCAUGACGAUUGCAAAGAGAAAAAAGCUUACACCAGAAUUUUCUCCACUGCCAACUUUAAAAGCUGUGCCCACGUUACCAACAAGUCACGAAGUCCGCCUUUCAAUGCCAUCGACGUCAGAACCACCCAUUGAAUGUUAUCUGUCAUUCGCCGGAAUAAUCCCGCACAAUGCUAGUCUUUUAGAAAAGGGAUUUGAUAGUGGAAAAUUUAUCAUAUUGAAGUCGGACUUAAAAACUCAGAAAUCUCCUAGUAUAUGGAGAAUAGACGGAAAGAACCUGCUUCAAAAAUAUGAAUCCAUUUCCUACAAUGAUGGGGUUGCUUAUCGCAACAUUUCUACUUAUUCCAGCUGGAUGGCAUCCAAUAAAGGCCUUUACGUUCCGAUCGAUGUGGAAUUUUCCGUCCAAAGUAAAUCUGAAACUAUUGUCACUUUUGACCGAAAUAAAGUCAUGCUUCCAGUUGAGGACGGAAUGAUGGAAGCGUUAAAUGAAGAGGCAAAUUCAAUGAUAGAUACUUUUCAAAUAUACCUGCAAACCCUAAUGUCUCAAGCGUUGGAUUCCAACUUUGUAAAGGAAAUUGUUAAGGAACAAGAUGACUACUUCUUGAGCAGCAUUGCGGCAGUGGAAGAUCAUUGGAUUCUGCCCAAGAGAAACAUGUUGAAAGAAAUCAUUAAAAUGAAGAAACCUUUUCAGGAAUUAAUAGAGACUCACCCGGGACUGGAAUUACGCUGCGUGACUUCUGGGGACAAAUCGUGUGACAGCUGCAAUGGACGUAACCCUACGAGAAGUUUCGAAUUUCAACCGCUAAGUUACAGCUUUGACACGCUUGAUAUAAUGGAAGGCAAGCCUUCGAAUAAGACGUAUCGACUGUGUCUUUCGUGUACUGAUCGAAUUCUCCUCUACCACGAGCUCUUCCAUAUCCGGUAUCAUCUCUUCACUUGCUGCCAGAAAAAAGUAAACCAGUAUGAUCAAAGAGAUGGUCCAGCUGCACUGACUUCUUCGCUAGCUGAUCAGUCCUGGAAGUCCCUCAUGCAUCGUAGAGUAUUACUCGUUUUAGCUGAAACGCAGCAAGUCAUCAGCCAAUAUUCAGCGGGUGCUUGUGUUAUUUGAAAGCCUGAUGGGGAAUGGGACUAACUAUUCUGUGUUGUUGAUCGUUUGGUGCCGUCGCUGUUUUCUUUGUUAUACUAGUGUUAAUCAUACUUGACUAUAGAGGAUGACAAAAUGCCCCACUAAUUUUGCUUUGGGUGCAAUACAUAAAACAAUGUUGUUUUAA